UUAGGGUUAGAGAUAGAUAAACUUUUUUUAGGCGCUGAGCAUGGGCAUAGGCAUGAAAACUCAAACAUGGGCAUGACACAGGCACGAAAACUCAAACAUGGGUAUGAACAUGGCAUAAAAUUUUGGCAUGGACAUGAGGCACAAGCACAAAUGCUUGGCAUGGGGAUGGGCAUAGCAACGGACACAGAAAUUUAA